AUGUCAAUCUCUGUAGAUGUUCUCGAUGCGUUCAACGGGAAACUGUUUUUCAAAACGGCCUGGGAAUAUAAUCUAGAGGAUGUAGAGAAGUUUAUUGAUGACGUGGUCAAUGAUAUGCAGGGCCAUGGAGUACAAGAGAAGUGGAAGAGCGCCGUCAAGGAGAUUCAAGAUUAUAUUAUUAAUAUGAAACCUAGACACCCUGACGAAGCUGCUCAAUCACCUCGGUAUUACCCCAACCCCCCCCAAUACGUCUACCGAAAGGAAGAUACAGAAACCGAUCCGCCAUAUGAAUUAGACCCUAAAACUGUCACAAACCAUCAAGUCUAUGGCAUGUACGAUUUUAUUGGGUUUUUCUUUUCUCUAGCAUGUGCUCCCACGGAUGCCGAUACAGAGAAUUUUUUCGCCCCUUGGUUGGUCAUCUAUUGGAAAUGGUCAAAACUUUUCCAUGUAACCCUUGAGGAGAAAAAGGAUACGAAGAAGUUGAGUCUUGACUGGAAACCUCUUAAGCUACCAACAAUGCUGCAAUGUACCUGGCGAGAAGUGACAAAAGGGAGCAAGGAGAAAGCAGACGCCAAGGAGAUAGUAUUCCAUAUGGGAGCAUCAGUGGGAGGCCAUGCUCACAAAGAAAAACCUUUCGCUGAGUAUGGCCGUGUGUCGAAGCAGAAGUGGACUCAGUCGAUCGUACAAUUCCGUUUCAAUCUUCUCGCCGACCUGGGACAGCCAACUAUCAACGGAGAAUACAGAUUUAUGGAAGCGCCCUUGUACUCGCUCACUGCAGAGGAGAAGAAACUACCAGAAGAGCGAAAAGAAUACCUAAAGAAAACUAAGGAAAAAGAGGGGUGGGAUUUCGGGAACUGUGCUGAGACGUAUCCGUUUCUGGAGAUUUUCAGCAAUCAGGGCCAGGGUCAAACAAUUGGGGUAAAAUAUGGGGGAGUCGCGAUCAAGCCGGAUGCAAUGAAAAAAGUCAUGGCAAAAUAUGAGAAUUAUAAAACCCCAAUCAUAACCCCUCCUUGUGAGAACUGUUCUUAUCUACUUGAUUCCAAAUAUGGCUGUGGUACUUUUAACUUUCUCCCACCACAAGUAGAAGCAUCAUCACCACCACCACCGGCGCCAUCACCAUCCAGUUAA